GAGAAAAAUAAAAACAGCGAGGUAGAUUUAUUGAUUUUAACAGUGAAGAUUUGGAACAUUUCGCGCGGUGAAAUAAAUUAGAUAAAUAGCAAAAAAUGAAUUCGCUGGUGAAUUAUAGCAGCGAGGAUGAUCAAGAUGAAGAUGGAGGCUAUGAAAUACGGGCACCAUCGCAAACCAUCGUUCAAACUCAGCAACAGCAAAAACAGCAGCAGCAGCAGCAACUACAUCAGAAGUCAACCGCAAAGAAGCGCAGUCCACCCACAAGCGCAGCAGCAGCUGCUCCGCGUCAACGCUCACGUUCCUGUGAAACACCACCAUUAGAAUCAGCUCCAGCUGCAGCAGCUGGCAAGAAUAAAAACAAAAACAAAAGCGCCGCGCAUCACACUGAACGACGCCAGCGUCAACGUCAGCGUCGCUCGCGAAGCAGCGACAGCGAUAGCAGCAUUGAUAGCGACAGCCGAGAGAAGACAACAAAAAAAACGACAUCGAUGGCCAGCGAACAUCAAAUGUCAACUGGUAGCAAACAUAGUCAUCAUCAUCAUCAUCAUCACCAUCGCAGCAGCAAGAGCAGCCGCAGCAACAGCAACAAUGAUGAGGAUGGACAGGCACGUGGACGUGGUCAGCGCGACUCCGAGCGCAAGGACAAGGAUCGAGACAGGGAUUAUAGUAAGGGCGAGCGUCAUCAUCGCGCCAAAGAGAGCGACUACAAGCGAGAGCGCGAUGAGCGUCGCGGAGGACGAGAUCGCAGCAGCAACAGUUCGCGACAUCACCGAGAUUCACGCUAUAGCGAUAAUAAUCGCUCACAUGGUUCCGCCGCAAGCUCUGGCUCGCAGUAUAAAUCUCAAACUCAGCGUCGCUCCUACGAUGAGCCGCGCAAUCGUCCGCGUCCACGGGAGACUCGCUCACGCACACAUUCUCGCUCUCCCAAGCGUCCGGCUGAGUCGCAAUCGCGUAAAUACGCUCCGCCGGGCGACUCCAGCAGCCGCUCCAAUACGCCGCCACCGGCCGAGCGCAAGUCUGGCGCGGCUGCUGCCAUAAAUAAACCGACGGUAAAGCCGCCUGGCGCAUCAGCUACUGUCACUUCCGGUGGCGCUGCUGCGGCUGUAGCAGCAGCUGUUGCGCUUAAUGCGGCAUUAACUGCAGGCUCCGGAGGUGGACCGGCUGCCCUUGCCGGCGGUGCUGGCUUGUUGCCAACACCCAACUAUGCGCCAAAAAUACCAUCGCUCAUGUCUUUGGAGCUGGGCACACCCGCCGGCGUGGCUUUAAUGGAGGCACAGAGCGCCACAGCCGCAACGGGCAUAAUGCUGCCCAAAUACUAUAAUCCGGGCGUGGUUAAUGUCAAUCGCUAUGCAGAGCAACAGCAGAAGCGCAAGCUGCUCUGGGGCUCUAAGAAGACCGAGGACUCGGCCAAUAAAUGGGGACAUGCUCAAUUCUCCCAGGAUUCUGACGGCAAGGUGGCCUCCAAGUUUAUGCGACUCAUGGGCAUGAAAAAUAGCGGCGCCGCCGAAACUGAAACUACAGCAGCAGCUCCAACUGGUGCUUCGGUGCCGGCUUCGGAUCCAGUUGGAGCAGCAACAACUUCAGCAGCAGCAGCCGCCGCGGCAUCAGCAACAGCAGCAAAGGCAACAAAAUCAACAGCUUCAGCAACAUCUACAGCUGCAGCUCCAACCGCUGAGGCCAGCAGCAAUGGUGGCGGCGGCGGCGCUGCUAGUGCUGCUAUACCGGCAGAUGUGCAACUACGUCAGCGCAUGUUCUCAAAUAUGGAGCAGCAGUAUGAAGUGGCACGCGCCGCUACGCACACUAUGCGUGGUGUGGGCCUUGGUUUUGGCUCGCAGCCACGCAGUUACUAGAUAUACUCCUGAAAAAGGCAAAAUGAGUGUUUUAACUGUAAAUACAAAUGACACUCGAUAGUCAAAUCCAUUGUUAGCAAUAUCUUUACUUCGUCGUCUAAGCCGAAGCAAUCAUUUUUUUUUCGUUCAAAUUACUUGAAUAAUCAAUUAAAUGUGCAAAGAAAUGUUCCAAAUAAAAAUUCAACUUAAAU